GGAUAGUGAGGAAGUAAGUCGUUGGACUUGAGGACCAAGCGGGCGCUGAGCGUCUAGUCGGCUUGGUUACCAGCUUGUUUUACGCUGAGCGUAAAACAUGGAGCCCAUAGCUGUCGAAGCAGAAAACCUGACAUCGGGGACACUGGCUUCUCACCCGGUUUGCACAGCAUGGGCGGAGGGCCCCGAGACUUCAGUUUUCCACCUUGCCAAUAUGUUACUUGUUUUGGGAUUCAUGGGCGGAAGUGGAUUCUACGGGCUUCUCUACCUGUAUAGUUUCUUGGCAGUUGGUUUCUUCUGUUCCUCGAUUUGGGCAUGGUCGGACCCGUGCACCACGGACACCUUUCUGUGGAGUUUUGUUCUUUUCGCAGCGUGCGUUGGUCAAGUGGUGCAUGUUGCCUACCGGUUAAGGAAAGUUACUUUCGAGAAAGAGUUCCAAGACCUGUACAACUACAUGUUCAAGAAACUAGGUGUAUCCCUGGUCCACUUUGGGAAGAUUAUCGUUUGUUGCGAAGGGGACAUCCAUACAAUUGAAAAGGACCACUGCUUUGCAGUGGAGGGAAAGACGUCGAUCGACAAGCUGUCUGUUCUCGUGUCCGGCAGAAUUCGAGUGACUGUAAACGGGGAAUUUUUACAUUACAUCUAUCCUUUCCAGUUUCUCGACUCUCCAGAAUGGGACUCACUCAGACCCUCAGAGGAAGGGAUCUUCCAGGUAACGCUGCGCGCUGAUAAUCAGUGUAGGUAUAUUGCUUGGAGGCGGAAGAAGCUGUAUCUGUUGUUUGCCAGACAUCGCUACAUAGCCAAGAUCUUCGCUCUGGUUGUGCGGAACGAUAUCGCGGACAAGCUGUACUCCCUGAACGACAAGGCGUUCGACAGCGGCGGGAUCCGGUUUGAUCUCCGGUUACCCAGUUACUGUCACGUGCCGGGUCCAGAAUUAGAACGAACAGCUGCAUUCCUGCAAGUCGCAGAGGAGUGAAGACGGAUGUAGCUGGCUGUCCCGUGACUAUCAGCGAACUUGUUGAAUGUUUUUAGUCUGUUGUAUAUUGUCAGUAGGCUCUUUUGAUGGUUCAACACCCUUAGACUUUUUAUCAAUGUGAUUAUAAUGUAUUUAACUGACAUUGUUGUGCAACAUUUUAUGGAUUAUGUUGGGCAGUGUCCGUUGUCUACAUGCGAGCGCGUCACAUGUCAGUGUGUUCGCGAAAGAUUUCAGAAACAUUUCACCCAAACAGCACCUGUUCAGCCAUGGCCCAUUGGCUGUAUGUUUUUGUGCCUGAACAUUGUAAAUGGAUUAAAGUUGAUUGUGUUUUAACAAAUCUAA